AUGUUGCGAAUUUUAUCUCCCUUGUUCUUGGCCACUUUGGCCCCCUUGGCUGCUGGUCACGGCCAUAUCACAAACAUCGUCAUCAACGGAAUUUACUACGAAGGAUGGGAUAUUGAUGUAUUCCCAUAUGAGUCUGAUCCCCCAGCCGUUGUGGCAUGGGGAACCCCCAACACCGGAAAUGGUUUCAUUUCACCAGACCAGUACAAUUCCUCUGACAUUAUCUGUCAUGAGAAUGCGACGAAUGCCGCUGGUCACGCAGUGGUCGCAGCAGGCGACAAGGUCAAUCUUCAAUGGACAGCCUGGCCCUCAUCGCAUCACGGACCAGUGAUUACCUACCUCGCGAAUUGCGGAGACUCAUGUGAGACGGUGGACAAGACCACGCUUGAAUUUUUCAAGAUCAGCGCCGUAGGACUGGUCGAUGACACUGAUGUCCCUGGAACAUGGGGCGAUGACCAAUUGAUUUCCAAUAACAAUAGCUGGCUUGUUGAAAUCCCACCCAAGCUGGAAGCGGGCUACUAUGUCCUGCGACAUGAAAUCAUUGCACUCCAUAGUGCGGAGGAAGAAGAUGGUGCCCAGAACUAUCCUCAAUGCUUCAACUUGCAAGUGACAGGAUCUGGAACAGAGCAACCAUCUGGAGUUCUGGGAACAGAUCUUUAUACUGAGACAGAAGCUGGCAUCGUGGUCAACAUCUACUCGUCUCUGUCGACAUACGAUAUCCCUGGACCCACUAUGUUUAGCGGUGCAGUCUCCAUCACCCAGUCCUCGUCUGCUGUCACUUCGACAGGCACUGCUGUGACAGGAUCAGAUGCCAGUGCAGAGGCUACAACUUCCGAAGCUGUAACUGCUCCGAGCGCCUCUGUUGAUGUUGUAUCCACGAGCGUCGCGAGCUCAAGCCCGACUGUACUGCCUGAAUCUUCUAGUGAGAGUGUCGCAGUUCCUUCAUCCACGACAACAUCCACGACGACCUCAGCGAACCUGGUGCCUACCAAUUUUCCAACGACGACAGCUCCUAUCACAUCGCCUAGCAACCCCGAGGUAACAAGCAGUGCAAGCAACGCUGUUGGAGGCGAUGCAACACAGUCGGUGUAUGGUCAGUGCGGAGGUAUUAACUGGACAGCUGCUACUGCGUGUAACACACAGGCAGUCUGCAGUUCGAUGAAUCCGUACUAUUAUCAAUGUGUGCCGACGGCGGUCUGA